AUGCUCCUUAGGGCUCUGCAGCUGCAGAGAAACAUUGACUCAGGAUGGUCAAAGCUUUCAAGGAAAGAACGCUAGGAGGGAAAGGGAUGGAGUGAGCAAUCGGAGAGGUCCUCUGGGGAGCGUAUGCCACACCCCGGUGGCCUCUGGGGCACGAGGGCUGAAGGAGACAGACUGUGGCUGACGAUGUGGACCAUCUGGGUGAUCAUCUUCUGGAUUUCAACCCUCCUGAUCAGAGCUGUCCCGCCUGUCUGUGACCUUCUGAGCGUCCUGAAAAAGGAGGAAGAAAACUGUGCUGAGAUUCUCUCCCUGGAAGCAAAGAAUAGGACAUCUGAAAAUGAUCUGCUCACGGGUUCAGGCAGAUGUGCUGGCAUGUGGGAUAACAUGAGCUGCUGGCCUUCAUCCACGGUGGGACAGACUAUCAACGCUCACUGCCCCAAAUUCUUCCAAAUGCUGACAGGGAAAAAAGGUUUUGUCUAUCGGAACUGUACUAGUGAGGGUUGGUCAGCCCCAUAUCCAAGACCUGAUAUCGCCUGUGGUUACAACGUAGAUGACACUGCGAACGAGGCAAGACAUUCCUAUUUCAUAACUCUGAAGACCAUGUACACGGUUGGAUAUUGCACCUCCCUUGUGACACUGUCGAUAGCUUUAGUGAUCCUGGCCUCUUUCAGAAGACUUCGCUGUACAAGGAACUACAUCCACAUGCAUCUGUUCAUGUCGUUCAUCCUGCGAGCCUCAUCAAACUUCAUCAAGGACGCCGUUCUGUUUUCCUCUGAAGACACGAAUUACUGUGGGGUGUACACGGCCGGAUGUAAACUCACGAUGGUCUUCUUUCAGUAUUGCAUCAUGGCUAACUACAGCUGGCUUCUCGUGGAGGGGCUGUACCUCCACGCUCUCCUGGUCAUUUCUUUCUUCUCAGAAAGGAAGUUCCUCUGGUGGUUCAUCGCCCUUGGAUGGGGUACUCCAACCGUGUUUGUUGCGGCAUGGGCCAUGGCUAGGCAGCUCCACGAAAAUACAGGGUGCUGGGACAUUAACACUAAUGCCAAUACCUGGUGGAUCAUUAGAGGCCCUGUAGUUUUGUCUAUUUUUAUUAACUUCAUUCUUUUCAUCAACAUUUUAAGAAUUUUGCUGAGGAAGCUCAGCUCACCUGAAGGAAGGAGCGGUGAUAUCAACCAGUACAAGAGACUUGCAAAGUCAACGCUCCUCCUCAUCCCGCUCUUUGGGGUUCACUACAUCGUCUUUGCUUUUUUUCCUGAAGAUGCAAGUAGUGGCAUGAUGGAAAUUCAGCUGUUUUUUGAAUUAGCUCUUGGAUCAUUUCAGGGUUUUAUCGUGGCUGUACUUUAUUGUUUUCUUAAUGGUGAGGUUCAGCUGGAAGUGCAGCGCAAAUGGAGGCAGUGGCACCUGAGCAAGCACUUGCGGCAGCCGCUGAGCACCUCGGCCACCAGCGGGGGAAGCAGCUUGACUCAAGUGAUGCACGCGGCGAGGUCCAGCCCGCCGGAGCGCGGGAGAGCGGCCGUCCGGAGGGCGAGCGCGCUGUAG